AUGGCGGCGCUGCCCAACAGCGACGGCUCCAAACCCGUGGGCGGCCUGCCGAAGAGCGCUUGGCCGCAGGUGCUGAGGGGCGAGUCCGAAGACCCGGCUCGGGAAUGGAUCACGGUGGGCUACCCCACCCUGGCGCACCGGGGCCAGGGCCGCUUUGCCUAUGAGGUGGAGCUCUAUGGCGAUCUUUGCUGCCCUCAGGUGGGCCUUCUGUCCGAGCACUUCGCCGUUUCCCUCGGCAAGAGGUGCCCCACAGGGGUGGGGGACGACGAGCACGGCUGGGCGCUGGACGGGCUGCACGGGGAGACCUGGGCCGGGGGCCAAAGCAGCUGCUGGCAGGGCGCCCGUCUCGCAGAGUCGAAUGGUGGCAAACAGAUCGUGGGAGUGGCCGUGGACCUCGCUGAAGGCAAGAUGUGGUUCGGGGUGAAUGGCCAAUGGAGCCAGGAGGCUGCUGUCCUGCCGAAGCUCCCUGAACGGAUCGCGGUGUAUCCAGCGCUGACCUUCAAAGGCCGCGGCGCCUUCGUGUUUCAGCAGCUCAGCUUUCCCCCGCCGAUAGCGCUGGGCUUCACGCACUGGCCCAAGACGCACAAAGGCAAGUUCCGGGUGGACUGCCCCCGCGUGGGCGACUCGGACACGCUGUGCUGCUACAAGGAGUUUCAGGUUCACGGGGAGUUGUGCCUGAAGAAGCACGUGCAGCGGCUCGUGGCCAGCGUGAAGUACCGGGAGGCGCCCAAGUUCGAGCGGAGCCGCAACGUGGAGAUGACGAAGGCCGGGCACCUCAACGGGACCUACGCGAAGGUCGGGUCCCACAACAACGCCCCGCUGUACCGCAGCGAGGGGGGCUGGAUCUUCUAUGACCGAGCGGCCGGGCUGUGGAAGGUCUCCGAGAGCAGUGCCGAGGACGCGGGGCCCAAGGUGGGGGACACCGUCACCGCGGAGCGCGGGGGAGGGCCCCCGCAGGCGGGGGUGGUGUCCAAGCUGGCGGGGAGCUCGGUGGAGAUCUGCUGGGCGGACGGCAGCGAGGAGGACAAGAUGCAGCCCAAGGAUGAGGUGACCGUGGCCGCUUCUGCCGCCACCCAGUUCAAGGACAAUGGCACCUUCCUGCUGCAGGCCACACAGGAUGCAUUUAUUCAGGAUCGGGCACCGCCGGUCUCAGGCUGGAUGGCCACCCCGGAGAGUGGGGGGUACUUGGAGCCCGACGCCUUCAAGGACGCCAUGGCCACGCUGGGUCUGGAUGAGAGCAGCUCGAAGAGUCUGGCGGAUCAGCUGCUGAGCGCCAUCUCCAGCGGGAAGCAGGUGGUGCUCCGCAGGCCCUCAGUGGACUUGUCCUUCGAUGGCCUCUGGGACAAGUUGGGCCGCGAGGAGGAGACGCAGCAUCGGCCUGGAAGAAAGCUACUCAGGCCGCUGUCUCCAAGUACCUGGACAGCAAAGGCAUCUCCAAGGACUGCCAGGUGA